AUGGCUGUUGGCGGGUGUUUUUGCGGCAAGGUUCGAAUCGAAUAUACUGGCCAGCCUCUAGCAUCGGCACUGUGUCACUGUAUCGAUUGUCGCAAGCUUACGGGGACACCCUAUAGCUACAAUUUCAUCAUCAAAAGUGCAGAUCUUAAUAUCUCCGGAAGUCCAAAGGAAGUGCCAAAGACAGCGGAUAGUGGAAAUGCCAUUAAGAAUUACUUCUGCCCUGACUGUGGUACCCCGCUAUUUGGACGGAAGAUCAAACCCAACGGAGAUUCCGACGAGACUACAGUCGUCCGGGCGGGAAUAUUUGAUGAUGAGGGGAUUUUGAAUGAACGGACGCCUGUGGUGGAGAUAUACACCAAGCAACGAUUGAAGUGGGUGAGUCCCAUUGAGGGGGCUGAUCAAUUUAGUGGCAUGUUGCCACUGCGAUAA